GUGCUUUCUUCACUCAGGGACAAAAUGGCGUCCAAAAUCCUAGUGCUGCUAGUCCCGCUGGCAGCGUUUGUGUUCCAGAGCCUGUUCCAGCCUCGUGUGCGGUUCGGCGACCACAAUCACGUGUACAAUCACGUGCCGGGCACGUGCCGCCUGGUGGAAGGGGUCGUGCAUGGGGCGGAGGACAUCGUGCGCACCAGGGACGGGCUCGCCUUCAUAUCCACGGGUAUGAAACCUCCUCCCGCCUUCAACCCCGACCCUUGGUAUCUCCAGGCUGUGGGGAAGAUUCUCCUGUUCGACUUGAAGAAACCCGAAGACGGAGUGAGAGAAUUGAAGAUUGAGCCAGAAGAAAUUUUGUCCGAGGGGCUGGGGCCACAUGGCCUGGGUCUUUACGAGAACUAUGCUGGAGAAAUCCGGCUGUUUGUUGUCAACCAUCACAAGGAGGGUGACAGGGUGGAUAUUUUCCGCUACGUACGCCCGGAGGCCAAACUACAGCACGUCAGAUCCGUACGGGACCCUCUGCUGCACAGUGUCAACGAUGUGCUCGCCACUGGAACGGACGCUUUCUUCGCUACCAAUGAUCACUACUGUCAUGCUCCCUGGGCAAUGAAGUUAGAACGGUUUUUGGGGUUAGCCUGGUCUAACGUGGUUUACUUCAACGGCACUACCGCUAGUGUCGCUGCGGACGGAUUCUCCAUCGCCAACAGCAUCGCAACGCCUCCUAGCGGCGACUUGGUGUACGUCAGCGACACACUGCAGCAGCACGUCAGAGUGUUCCGCCGUCUCCCCGACCACAGUCUGGAGCUACAGCGCGUCAUACCACUGUUCACUGGGGUGGACAACCUGAAUAUCUGCCCGGAAACAGGUGACCUGUGGGUUGGCGCCCAUCCUAGUGUGUCUGACACCUUCAGCCACAUACGAGACAGACGCCACCUAGCGCCGUCCCAGGUCCUCCGGAUCCAAAACGCCGCGGGAGAGUACCCUGAAGUGACGGAGCUGUACGCUAACGACGGCCGGCAACUGAGCGGUUCCACGGCGGCGGUGGUCUACAACAGGCGUCUCCUGAUAGGGACCGUAGUCGAUACACUUCUGUACUGUGACAUCAUGGUCCCAAUGUGACGUCAUGGCAUCCCAUAGAUUCUAACGUAGCGAUCGUCUGAAUGGAAUUCUACUCAAUACACCGUGCUCUACUUUGGGAUUGAUGAAAGAGCUGGGCUGUCUACCUGGCCUGUCUACCUGGCCUGGCUAUCACGCCAGGCUACUCAGAUCCCACCAUUCAUAGCCCCACAUAUGGCAGUCAGCUGAUUGAGGCAUAAUAAUUGCUAAUCUCCAACCCUGCCAGUGACCUGAGGUUGGCGUGUCCACCACUGACUGGGCCAGGUAGACAGCCCAGCUCUUUGAUCAAACCCCUCUACUUUGACGUGGUCAGGGUCUUUUCGGAAGAAACGUGUUUUUAGGGCGCCGUCACAUUCGUCU